AUGGAGCCAACCAGUACGCUAGACCAGAUCCGGACUGACCCUGCCGCCUUUUAUCUCGCGUUGCGCGAUGUCCACAAAGACCAGAGGCCGUUGGAGGUGGCCAUGAAUGGUCCAGUAGCGGCGGACGGGAGCCCCGCGGACGCACGAAGCGCAAGGGGCCUCCGACGAGCUCCCCCUCAACGACAACCCUACACCGCGACGAGUCCGGCGACCAGGCAGACCCGUAGCACAGCUAAUACCCCGGGUAUCCCCGCCAGCUUGGACAAUUCGAUCCCUUCUCUCUCUUAUUCUCCCUCGUCGGCCCCUACAACCAUAGCCGUCAACAACAACAAUAACAACAACACCGCGGUCAACGUCACCGCCACUAUGAUGCCCACCCCUACUCCUCCCGCGGCUACCAUAGACAAUAGAGCGCCCAUGUUCACAAUUGUGGUCGAUACGCCAUCAAACCGCCGGGGCAAAUACUCUCAGGUUGAUCAGCCACCUCUUACGCGCAAUAUGGAUCCUAUGAUGAUGUCGAUGAUACCCGAAAAGACUCCUCGUAUCUACAACCACUGUGUCAGGGGUUUGCAGUCCCACAUUCCCUCCGAAGUCGACUUCGCGCUACAUCACUUGGUUGUUAUAUCAGACGAACGGGGUGACAAAUUCAAGUUCGAUGACUUCCCUUUUCUCGCAGAGGAGCUUGUCGAGAAAAUCCUAGAGAUCACUUAUCUCGUGUCUGGUAUCAGAUGGGAGGUUGAUUACACCACCCUCGAAGAGCCAAGGGACAAUCUCCUAUACGGCACUGGAAACAACGACAUCAUAGAAAAAAUGGCAAAAUUUCGAGUCACGCUCAGCGAUGACAACGUGGAGACGGAGGAAUUUGCCCGCAAUCUUAGAAACAUCAAGGAAGCUGCUCUGACGCUGCGGAAUAUGUCGAUGCUAGAGGCGAACGCCGUUUUUCUAUCAACUUUAGAGAUUUUCAAGGAUGGCAUGCUUGUCGUACUCAACACUCCCCGUCAGCCACGUUUCAAUGAAAUCCUAAAUUACGCGCUGGACACGAUCGAGCAAGUCUGCCCGUACUGGGAAACUGACCCGGAGGACCCCCUUUUCAGCGUCCUGUUUGGGCUUUUAGGGUCAUCUGAUAGAUACCAUAUCCUGACUUCUUUAAAGAUUUUGAUCCUCUUCUCGAUGGAACUUGAAACGAUCAAACGUCUUCAGGGCAUCCCAGAUGAUAAAAUUAACAUGCUCAUGAGCUACACACUACUCGAACAGGACAAGGAACUUCUUUCGGGAACUCUUGACUUCUUCUAUCAGUACACAGCAAUUCCAGAGAAUGUCGAAGAGCUUCUUAGAAAUUUCUCUCUUCCAACCACUCUUAUCCCUCGUUUGACUAAUCUCCUCUUAUUUGAGGGUGAACGGGACGUCAACGAGAUAGUGGAUCAAGAAGAAUGCAAGGCACCCGCCGCAACUAGUAUUCCUAUAGUGCCACCAGAUCUCCAUUCCAUGCUAUUGCAACUGCCCGAACCUGAACGUUGCUCUCGUUGGCUCAAGUGCUGCUUCAUCGAAGAUCCAGAGUGUGACAUCACCCAACUUGCUCUCUGGCACGCUUAUCAGAAUUGUUUCGCGGAUGAGCGAGUGCCUGGUGUAAGCACUCUUCCGGCGGCGGAGUUUAUCAACACUGUUAGCCGCACAUUCUCGUCAGCGCAAGCGCAGGUUGUUACCGGCCCAGUAGCCAAAUUCAUCAUUAGAGGCAUCCGCCCUCUUGAGACAUCUUACGACCUAAAUGGAUAUCCAUACCGCCAGUGCAAGUGGAACGUUCCCAAUGGUCAAUGCAGGGUCUCAUUCGUUGAUCCCGCGAAACUCAAGGAGCACGUUUUCCGCGAGCACAUGCUACUCAACCCGGCUGAUCUAGGGAACUUGCAAGAUGCGCGACGUCCUACCAACAUUUGUGCCUGGGAUACGUGCAAGGACUACGAGAUUCCGACGAUCAACACUGCCCGUGUCGCCGGCCACGUUUCCACCCACCUUCCACCGUUGCAGGAUAUGAGCUCACCCCCUCCACCUCCCCCACGCAAAAUUAUCCAGCCAAAACUCACACGACUCUUCGAUUACUACCCCACUCCUAUCGAUGAAAAAGGCGAGCCCGUCGGAAUCGCAUACAAGGCAAUCCUCAUUUUGCGCAACGUGAUUCGCAAUCUGCCGAAGGAAUCUGCGGGCCCCGAACAUGGGAAUAAGUCAUGGAAUUAUGUUAUUUUCUUCGCUUCGAGGAAUAAGCUGAUAGAGAUUGCUGAUUACAAUCCGACGCUCCGCCGCGAUAUCUUCGAACUUGUUGAUGAGAUUAAAUCAAAUUAAUCCUUUUUUCUGUUUAUUUUGAUUUCGAUUUUUAUCUUCGUCCCUUUUCGUCUCUUCUCUUAUUUUGAUUCUACUUCUUAUCAUCCGUUUUUCUUUGCCUUUUCGGAAUCAGAAGGUACAGUAUUUUAGAGUAGCUACGGUUGUCAGCUUUGCUCGUUAACCCCUGUAUGAACACUUGUGCUUUGCCCUUGUUCCAACCAUCUUCUAUCCCAGGACCUCAGUUCCACUUGUUUCAGCUGGGGUUUGACGCGAAUCUGCAAUUUCUCUUUGUCCUUUCCUCUCCUUUUCUUCUGGCUUCUAAACCACAAGCUAAAAUUUGAACUUGCAAAAGAGGGAGUCCGGUUGCAUGCAUACAUUCCACAUGGUGGCUUUUGUUCUUUACUCCAUAUGUUGGGUUGGGAUCACUUGUCUUCUCCCUAUUCCGUCAAUUUCCCCUUCCAUUUUCUUCUAUUCCCCUUUACCUAAUGAGCGUACGAAUUUGAAGGAUAAAAGUUGAGGAAAGUCUGAAACUGUCAGCAGUAUCUAUGUUUCGCUUCGUUUUCAUUUUCAUUUUUCUCUCAUUUUCUCCCCACGAAUGACCUUUCCUAGAAAUGGACGGAUGGAUUUAUCUGUGUUGGCUGUGUUUACUUAUCUGUUGCAAUGUGUCGCUCUGUUAAAGGGUAGAAGGGAUUCAUAGGUUUUGUACGAUUAAUGUUUCUAAAGU